AUGUCCGAGGAGACCGGCAAUAAAGGCGAUAUCGUUCCAGUGGAAGAUUCUUUCGAGGAAUCAGAGCAAUCUGACUUCCGACUUUUCCAAGCCUAUCGUGAAGGGAAUUUGAACCUGGAUGUACUCAGUACACAACCAUCUUCAGGUGCGCUAGAACACUCAGCCCGCAAUAGUCAAGAUGCUCCAGCCAUGUCAAAUCAGCCACCGGCCCUUCCACGUUCAUGGGCUGUGGUACCGAAUAACCCGAAUGCUAAAUUGGAUAAGAUCCUCACCAUGCCUCGGACUUUGGGUGCUCUGUGCAAAUCAUCCGUUACAACGCAAUCCAUCAGUUCCACCGUGACCACAACAGAACCAGGAGUAUCGCGUUCACCGUACACUGCUCCAGUUGAUCAGACAUCUUGUGCGACGGUUUAUGGUGAAGUCAGUGCAGGUGGUGAAUUCAGUCGCGGUUCUGCAGACAGAACAUGUAAACCAAGUGUGGACAUUAUUGUUUUACGUUCGAAUUCAUCCGUGUUUAGAGCUUUUCCUCAAACCGGAAGCUCCAGCUUGGACGAGGAGGUUUGA